GAAAUGGUGGGAACAUAGUGAUGAACACGACAGUUCCAGUGGAUGAAAGAAGUAGCUGUAAAUAAACAAAAUUUGUAAUGAAAUUCAUCGAUGAAACACUACAGAUUGGUUAGCCCAUGACAACAUUGGACACGUUUGGCAUCUUCCCUCUCUUCUCGGCGUAUUCUUAGUUAAUUAAUCCAAGCCAAAAACAUAACCCAAAACCCAUCGCCCAAAUCACCUUCCAAUUUUUCGUGUUCGUUUUCUCAAACCCAUCUCUUUCCCAGUUCUUCAAAAUCCCCUUCAGAUUCUCGGACACCCCUUUUGCGGUGUUCGAAUCCGGUCUUUGCUCUAAAAAUUUCCCUUAAUUUGCUUCAAGGAGAGGCAAAGGUUUGCGACAUAAUCAAACCAUUUAAACCUAUGUUCUUGGAAUCGUGUCUGAAAACGACCAGAAUUUGUUUAUUCCGAUGUAGAAGAGAAGACCCUUUCAGAGCAGAAACCUAGUCGCCAUUGGUGGGAGCUUCCCCAAUUCCAAACGAGGAAAUUUUGUUCGUUGAAGAACAGCUUCUUCAUAAGUUGAGAUAAAAUGCGAGAGAUCGAGUUCGAAUCUUCGUAUAAUACUUCGAGGUCUCGUGGGAGAGUUAAAUAUUUGGGAAUUUUUACUCCAAUCUCUCUCUUCUGUUUCUUCAGCUAUUGGAUGGCUUUUCAUGGAAGCGCGUUGGCGGUUUCCGGCAUUUCAUGACAAACUUUAAGGUUUCUAUUUCUGGGUUUUGUUGAACGAGGACGGAGAAUACGAGAUUACUCAGCUUUACUUGUCUUUCUGCUGGUUUUUUUUGAUCAUUUCUUGUAAUGAUCUCUUUGUUUCAACUGGGUUUUUAAGUUUAUGUUCAUUGUUGUCUGUAAAUUGGUGUUUGUGAGAGAAAAAUGAGCGGUGGCAGAAGGAGGAAGCUGCAUUUUAGCAAGAUCUACUCGUUUGCGUGUGGGAAAGCUUCUUUGAAAGAUGAUCACUCACAAAUUGGGGGUCCUGGGUUUUCUCGAGUGGUGUUCUGUAAUGAAGCUGAGUGUAUUGAGGCUGAAAUACGUAACUAUGUUGACAAUCAUGUUAGUACCACUAAGUAUACUUUGGCUACUUUCUUGCCUAAGUCAUUGUUUGAGCAAUUCAGGAGGGUGGCUAAUUUCUUCUUCUUAGUUACUGGGAUUCUUGCUUUUACUCCUCUUGCUCCUUACACAGCCGUCAGUGCAAUUCUUCCUCUUAUUAUUGUCAUUUCAGCUACUAUGAUCAAGGAAGGUAUUGAAGAUUGGAGGCGGAAGAAACAGGAUAUUCAGGUCAACACUAGAAAGGUUAAAGUGCAUCAAGGUAAUGGAGUUUUUGCUCAUACAGAGUGGAAAACUUUGAGGGUGGGUAAUGUAGUGAGAGUGGAAAAGGAUGAAUUCUUUCCAGCAGAUAUCAUCUUGCUUUCAUCCAGUUACGAGGAUGCCGUCUGCUAUGUCGAGACAAUGAACCUCGACGGUGAGACAAAUUUGAAACUAAAACAAGCAUUGGAGGUAACUUCGCGUAUGAACAAGGAUUCGAUCUUCGAAAGCUUUAAGGCUAUCAUAAAAUGUGAGGAUCCAAAUGCAAAUUUAUACAGUUUUGUUGGAAGUAUGGAGUUGGAAGAGCAACAAUAUCCGCUAUCACCUCAACAACUACUCCUUCGAGACUCGAAACUCCGGAAUACAGAUUAUAUAUAUGGGGUUGUUGUCUUUACGGGUCGCGACACAAAGGUUUUUCAAAAUUCUACUGACCCGCCUUCGAAAAGAAGCAAAGUCGAGAGGAAAAUGGAUCAAAUUAUAUACUUUUUGUUUGGUCUUCUGUUCUUGCUUGCUCUUACAGGAUCUAUCUUUUUUGGCUUUGUGACUGGCGAUGAUUUGAACAAUGGGAAAAUGAAGAGAUGGUAUCUCAGGCCUGAUGAUGCUGAAGUUUUCUAUGAUUCAAAAAGAGCUCCAUUAGCUGCAAUUUUCCAUUUUCUUACAGCACUGAUGUUGUAUAACUACUUCAUUCCGAUAUCACUCUACGUGUCGAUCGAGAUCGUGAAAGUUCUUCAGAGCAUAUUCAUCAAUCAAGAUAUUAAUAUGUACUACGAAGAAGCUAAUAAGCCUGCACGUGCUCGCACCUCGAAUUUGAAUGAAGAACUUGGUCAAGUUGAUACAGUACUUUCUGACAAGACGGGAACUCUGACAUGUAAUUCGAUGGAGUUCAUCAAGUGUUCAGUGGCCGGGACGGCUUAUGGUCGUGGUUUCACAGAGGUAGAAAGGGCCAUUGGUGGACUGAAGAAUUCACCAUUGUAUGAAGCUGUAAAUGGGGGGAAUCAACAAGAGGAUGUCACUAAGAAAACUUCACAUGUCAAGGGCUUUAACUUUCAAGAUGAUAGAAUUAUGAAUGGGAACUGGGUUUAUGAGCCUAAUGCAAAUGUCAUCCAAAUGUUUUUUCGUCUUCUCGCCACUUGUCAUACGGCGAUACCUGAAAUCAACGAGCACAGUGGUGAGGUGUCUUAUGAGGCCGAAUCACCGGAUGAAGCAGCGUUUGUGAUUGCAGCUAGGGAGCUAGGCUUUGAGUUCUAUAAAAGAACACAGUCAAGCAUAUCACUCCAUGAGUUUGAACCUUCAUUAGGCAAGAAAGUUGAUAGGACAUAUAAACUGUUGCAUGUUUUGGAGUUCAAUAGCACGAGAAAGCGGAUGUCUGUCAUAAUAAGAAACGACGAGGGGAAAAUAAUAUUAUUCUGUAAAGGUGCAGACAGUGUCAUGUUUGAAAGGCUUGGAAAGAAUGGAAGGGAGUUUGAAGAGAGGACUAAGGAACAUGUCAGCGAGUACGCCGAUGCCGGGUUGAGGACUUUGAUACUCGCCUACCGUGAGCUUGACGAGGAAGAAUACAGAGAAUUUCACCAUAAGUUCACUAUGGCCAAAACCUCAGUUGAUGCAGAUAGAGAAUCAUUGAUUGAUAAACUUACAGACAAAAUUGAGAGGAAUCUAAUUCUUCUUGGUGCCACUGCUGUUGAGGACAAACUUCAAAAUGGGGUUCCCGAGUGCAUCGACAGGCUCGCUCAGGCGGGAAUUAAGAUCUGGGUUUUGACGGGCGACAAAAUGGAGACUGCCAUAAAUAUUGGUUUUGCCUGUAGCUUACUAAGAGAAGAUAUGAAGCAGAUUGUCAUUACUCUGGAGUCAUCAGAAAUUCAGGCAAUAGAGAAGUCAGGGGAUAAGACUUCCAUCAUCAAGGCGUCGAGGCAAUGUGUUCGUGAUCAGAUUACUCGAGGGAGAGCUCAGAUAAAUUCAUCAAGUGGGUCAUCCGAAGCAUUUGCAUUAAUCAUUGAUGGAAAAUCGCUUUCUUAUGCUUUAGAGGACAGUAUGAAGGCAUCGUUUCUCGAUCUAACGAUACGUUGCGCUUCUGUUAUUUGCUGCCGUUCAUCUCCAAAACAGAAGGCAUUGGUAACAAGGUUGGUUAAAACUGGAACACGAAAAACAACUUUAGCUAUCGGCGAUGGUGCUAACGAUGUAGGAAUGCUUCAAGAAGCGGAUAUUGGAGUCGGAAUUAGUGGUGCUGAAGGAAUGCAGGCCGUUAUGUCGAGCGACGUUGCGAUUGCUCAGUUUAAAUAUUUAGAGCGCCUGCUUCUCGUGCAUGGACAUUGGUGCUACAGAAGGAUAUCAUCAAUGAUUUGCUACUUCUUCUAUAAGAAUAUUACUUUUGGUUUUACCAUAUUCUUAUACGAAGCAUUCUCAUCAUUCUCUGGGGAACCUGUAUAUAAUGAUUGGUUUUUAUCACUUUACAACGUUUUCUUCUCGUCGCUUCCAGUCGUAGCUUUGGGAGUCUUCGAUCAGGACGUAUCUGCAAGGCUCUGCCUCCAGUUUCCUCUCUUAUACCAACAAGGGGUGCAGAAUGUUCAUUUCAGCUGGCUCCGAAUACUCAGUUGGAUGUUUAAUGGAUUGUGCAGUGCUGUGAUCAUUUUCUUCCUUUGCACUGGCGCACUUGAGCAUCAGGCAUUCAACUCCGAUGGGAAACCUGCAGGGCGGGAAAUUCUGGGUGCGACGAUGUACUCUUGUGUCGUUUGGGUUGUGAACUUGCAAAUGGCGCUCGCUGUUAGCUACUUCACCUUGAUACAACAUCUUUUCAUCUGGGGCUCCAUUUCAAUUUGGUACAUUUUUCUCCUGAUUUAUGAGUCCAUGACCCCCACCCUUUCAACCAAUGCUUACAAGAUCUUCACUGAAGUCCUUGCCCCUGGCCCUUCCUACUGGCUUGUCCUUUUCUUUGUGGUGAUCUCAACACUCAUUCCUUACUUCUCCUACUCAGCAUUACAGAUGAGGUUCUUUCCUAUGUAUCAUCAAAUGAUUUUAUGGAUUAGAAAUGAAGGGCAACUAGACAACCAGGAGUACUGUAAUAUGUUGUGGAAGUACAAAUUCCGAUCGACGAGUGUAGGUUCCACAGCACGGUUAGCAGCCAAAAGGAACAACUCAAAACAAAGAAACCAGACUUAUAUUUGACAAGCUCAACAUCAGUCUCGAUCUUCACUGUUUAUCGUCGAAAAUAGAAGCUUUCUUCGACGUGUACACAUUGGAUAGGAUGCUGUUUUCUUGCUCUUGAGCAAAUCUGCCAUGUUCAAGAGCAGAAGCAUAGCCUGUAGCAAGAAAAUACAUAAGCAAAAUCAGCCAAAAAGGAGAGGUGUUGGUAGAACAUUUGUUGUAUACUGUUCCAACUUCUGUGUACAUUACAAAAGUGAGGGAAUUCAUUGUAGAUUAGAUACAUUAGUUUUGUUAACAAAGAAAAAAAGAACAUGAUAAGCAGAGCCACUCAACUUCCUUUUCAAUCUAACUUUACCAACUUCACAAUACUAUUGUUGCAAAAAUACUAUUGAGAACUGAUGUGAAUAAUGAAUAAUAUUUAACAAGUUGUCCUUUUUCCUA